AUGGCUACUACUUCAAAGUCAACCGAUUCGAUAUAUCAGCUCAGAACAUUGAUCAAACCUGUCUUCUCAAUCCAAUCAGCUUCAUCAACAGCUUCAUCUUCUAAAAGCCCAGUGGUCAAAUCCGUAGAUGGUUAUCAUUCUUUCCUAUGGAUCGGUUCAAAUGAAGGUCGAGUCAAAGGUUUCGAUAUCAAACCCGCAAAGCAAAUCAAUCAAUCAAACCCCAGCUCUCCGAUAAACCGUUUAGAAUCGCAAUCAAUCUCACCUACUACUUCCACUUCACUGAGUAGUCCGAUUUCAUCAAAAUCGCCAACUGGAACUAAACACUCUGAAACUUCAGAUCUACUCGACGGACACCUUGAAGCAAAUUGUUUUCAAGAUCAUCAUGUCUUUCCUUCAACUGAGACCACCAAAUCAAAACCAGUGGAGAAGCUGAUUUUGAUUCCUAUCAUCUCAAUGGCGGUCAUUCUAUCAGAGGGAGCUGUCAGUUUUCAUUCCAUCAAUGAUUUAGAUCCUCUACCUGGAUUUCCUACCAUCAGAGGUGUUUCAGCUGUCACUCUAGAUGAAGAUACAUUUGAUAAUCUACCUCAAGAAACAGAUAUAACGAUGUGUGUGAUCAAGAAAAAAACUAUCCAUCUUUAUUAUUUACAAGAAAGCGGAAUUCAACAAAUUCAUGAAGUUUCAUUUACUUCUGCAGCUUUUAAUGGGAUUCUUAGACGUUCAGUUCUACUUUUAUCUGAUAUAGAACAAUAUUAUUUAGUUUCUUUAAAUCAAUCUGUAGCCAAUCUGAUUCCACUUUUACCGAUUUCUCAAUCUAAUAAUGAUCCAAAUCAACAACUCAGUUCACAACAUAGGCCUUCUAUGUCAGCUAUACCUAAUUCAGAUGAAUUUCUUAUUGCUUCUCAUACUGGUACAACCUGUUUAGGUGUCUUUGUUUCUUCAACUGGUGAUCCGUGUCGUGGUACUUUGGAAUGGCUCUCGAAUCCAAGAAGUAUUUCAGUAGAUGAAACUCAUGUGCUAGCUUUACUCUUCAAUGGAACAAUUGAAAUUCAUUCAUUAGAAACACAAGAACUUUUACAAACUAUUGAACUUCCUAUUGGAUUAGAGCCUAGAACAUUAUCAUCCACUAAAUUCGGACUUUCUCUUCCGGGUAAAUCAUUUGAUUCUGAUUUCGAAUUAAUCAAAUCUCGAUUCUCUUCAAAUCAACCUCAAGAUCUCUCUAGUCCUACUACACCGACUAUACCACAUCAUAGGAAUUCAUCUUAUAAAUCAAAUGAAGUUCCGGCGUGUCAAUCUUCACUUUUAUUGGUUGGAAGAGAUUCGGUUCAUGCGCUGUGUACUAAACCUUUUUUGACCCAGGUGGAAUCUCUUAUUUCUAGUCUUCGUUGGGAUGAUGCACUUCGAUUAGUCGAAUCUACCGUGGCCAAAAGCAUGAAUGAAAACACCUCACCUUACUCUUCUAGAUCUUAUCAAUCCACGUCCCGCUUAGGAUCUACAGGUCACAAAGACUUCAUGAUUCGAAUUUACUAUAUAUAUCAAAAAAUCGCAUUACAUCAUCUAGUAGAAACUAAAUUCCAAGAAGCUGGAGAAUUAUGGUUUAAAGGAAAAGGAGAUCCACGGGUGUUGAUUGAAUUGUUUCCUUACUUGAGAGCCAAUGUGGUAGCUCAAGAUGAUGAAGUAGAUGUAUACCGUGGCUUAGAAACACUGAUAAAAGAGAUUAAAAGUGCUAAUGCGAUAAUUAUGGGGAAUCUAGUACGAAAUUAUUCACCUCAUAUCAAACCAGAUGUAGAAAAUGCAGCUUCGACGAUGGAUUUGAAAGCCGUCUUAUUAGAAAAAUCGAAAUUGAUGGUUUUAUCUUAUUUACGUCGUUGGAAACGUGAUAGAUUAUUAAAUGGUGGUGCAAGUCUUUCAAAUCGACAUCUUGAUACUAUUGUAGAUACUGCUCUGGCUGAACUCUUAGCUGAAAGAAGAGGAAAUGAUCAAGAUUCUUACAGAGAGUUGAAAUUGUUACUUGAGAGACCUAAUACUUGUAUACCAGAAGAAUUAGAGAUCAUUUUACAAAAAAAUCAAUGUUUUACACUUUUAGGUGAAUUGUAUUAUAGAUUGAAUAAUCUUCCAAAAGUAUUGGAAACUUGGUCAAGACUUCAUGAUAAAGAAUGGGCGGAUGAUUCAUUCAACGAACCAUUGGGACAAAUGGUCAACUUAUUACAAAAAACAAAUCAAUUAAACUUGGUGACACAUUACGCGAUUUGGUUAGCAAAACAUAAUUGGAAUUUGUCUAUCAAACUUUUAACUGAAUCAUUAGUUUCUGAAUCGAUUGACAUACAAGAAACUUUAGAGAAAUUAAAAGAAGUGAAUGAAGAGGUUGUCGAAGUUUAUCUUGAACAUCUUGUGUUACGUAAUUAUUCUGCAAGAAGGAGUAAGAAAAGACAAGUGGCUAUGAAUGUGGAUGUAAGCCGGUUAAGGACUUCUUUGAUUCUUGGAUACUUAGGUAGACUUAAAGAAGGAAUGAAGUCUCAAUUAAUUGAUGGAAAACCUCAGAAUUCGGCAAUUAGUGAAUUAUUUCGAAAAAUAAUUAAUAGAUAUCUUUUGGAAACUUCAUCUGGUUCAGAAGUACCAAAUUUUGUGGAUUAUCUGUUAAAAGUUCAUUUGGAAUUGGUUGAAUUACCUAGAGCUGAUCCUAAUUCAUUGGAUAGGUUUGGUCAUCAUGAUCCGAUUUUAACUAGAUUGAAAUUGAUGGUUUGUUUGGAUCCUUGGGAACGUAAUGGGGAUGAUGGAUAUGAUGUGACGAGUGUUAGACGUGCUUUGGAAGAUAUGGGUGGGUGUUCUGAGAUGAUGGCUUUUGAAAGAGCUAUGGCUUAUUCUAAAUUAAAGAUUCACAGACCUGCACUUUCUUUACUUGCAGUGACUUUACAAGAUUUGGAUUCGAGUGAAAGAUAUUGUCUUAGAUCUGGAUCGUUAUUAAAUAUAAAUCAAGUGAAAAAUAUUUUAGAAAGAUCUGGAUUACUUACUUCUACUUCUACACCACAUCCUAUGAUGAUGAAUAAUAAUGACAACAAUAUAGAGAAAAAAGAUGAAAAUCAAUCCAGAGAAUUACUUUUAAUUUUAUUAGAUUUAAUGAUUAAUUCAACAUCUACAAAUCAAGAAUUAGAUAGUAAAAGACAAAAAGAAAAAUCAAUUGGAAAUUUAUUAAAGAAAUAUACACCUUUACUUGAUUGUCAAGAUACAUUAAAAAGUUUACCAAAUCAAUUCUUGUUGAAAAAUUUUGAAGAUCAUUUCAAAAGAUCUUUGAGGUUUUCUAAUCAUUUGAAAUUUGAAAAUCAACUAAUUAAAUUUAUUUCGAUUGGACAAGAGUUGAGAACUUUGGAAGGGUUGAAAAGUUCGGAAUAA